AUGGAGCUGCCAGAGGGAGGACAUGACAUUGUCCAUCCCGAAGUUAGAGCACACAUUACUAGUCUUAUUUCCGCUCUAGGAGGAAUCAGCGCCGAUGAUGACGGCCAAUAUCAGCUUGGUGACGAUGCCCUCGAGGUACUGCGCGAUAUCAAACGAUGGAUUCGAUUCUACGACGAAAAGACGAACCGAAUGGAUGUUGCGCGAUGCCUCUACCAAGGCAACCUUAUCCAGGGCGACCUGAUACCCAUCCUCGCAAAAUGGCCGGAAGAAUCCAUGGACAACAAGUUCAAGAGCAGGAUCGCUCUGUCCUGCUUCGAAGUCAUGGUCCCAUUGACGUGGCCCAUUGAACAGGACAAGGAGAAGAUGACCGUCAACCAUCACAGACACAUACCUGUCCUUCAGCUCGCCCAGUUACAGUAUAAAAGCGCCAUCAUCAACUUCGACAGCACCAGACUCUUGCACUCGGCUGUCCGCUCCGCACUACCGUCUAUGGCUAUUCCCAUUGGCGAUCGAACCCCAAGAGACCAGGGCAUCAUCAAACUCAUCCUCUUCUUCCUGCGAAAUAUCGCCAUGAUUGAACCCUCGCCGAGCAUCAAAUUCGAUGGCGACGAGACACAGAUUUCUCGUUCCGCUACAAUAGACGCGUUUUCCUAUCAAGACGUCUUCAUCAUCUUGCUCACCAUUGCUUCCAAUGUGGGCGAGGACUUCAGAACCGAGGACACAACAGUCAUGGAGAUUAUCUAUCACCUCGUAAAGCAAGUCGAUAUCGACAAGCUCUUCAUGAGCGAAAGCCAGCUGAACAAGGUAAAGGCAGUGGAGCUGUCUGACCUCAUGAAGAAGGAGUCCGCCACGCUCCGGGCACACAACACAAAUGCCCCGACAAGACAUAACCGCUUUGGAACCAUGGUCUGGGUUAAGCGGGACGACGGCAAAACGAAACCUUUCUCGGGACAAGAAGCGCUGGCUGACGGAGCCACUAGAGACAAGAAAAUGGACGAUAGCAAGACAUUCCGCCCUCCUCGCCGCGGUAGAAAAGAAGAUAAAAGCGAAAAGGACUUGGGUCUCCCGACACCCCUUACCCCAAGCGCUGCCAAGCAACUUCGCUCAUUUGUGGAGGAAUUCCUCGACUCGGGCUUCAAUCCUUUGUUUCUACAUAUCCGCAAAUCUAUUGACCGAGAAGCACCACACGUCCUGGACUUUCAUCGACGACAAUUCUUCUACCUCAUUUCCUGGUUCCUCGAGGCCGAACGAGGGCGUCGCAAACAGAACAAGGCUGCGAAUAAAAAGGCCGGCGAGGAAGUUAGCAGUUUCAACCUGAUAGCGAGUGUAUUGAACCAAGAAAUGUUCAUCACGCUCAGCAAGGGCUUACACGAGUCCUUUGAUCACAAAGAUUGGCACUCACUCUCUGCAGCAAUGCGCUGCUUCACCCAGAUUCUGCUCACAAUUCAAGAAAUGAUAGAUGAGGGAACGGAAGACGACCAGGAAAUUGCAGACAACGUUUUGAGCCGUCUCUUCUACGAAGAAACGACGCACGAUGUGAUUGCCAACAUCGCAAGAACGUACAAGGAUCAAGGCUUCGAGUAUCUCGAUGCCGCCACUGAACUAGUGCAUCACUUCUUGCGGGUUUUGGAAGCCUAUUCCAAACAAAAUGCCGAUAUGCAGAUCCGAUCCAGGAAACGAGCUCGCAGAAAGAAGAGAGCCGAGACUCAACAAAAUGGCGGGGACGAUGAAGAUGAUGAAGACUCUGGACAAGAUGGAGCGGCUGUAGAGCGAACAUCAAAAGAACGAAAAUUCGACUUCGCCCGAUUCACCUCCCGGUUUACACCUCAAGGUGUGGUGGAUACCUUCAUGGCAUUUACCAAAUACUACCGUGAACUCAAUGACGUGCAGUUAAAGCGAGCACAUCGAUAUUUCUAUCGGCUGGCGUUUAAGAAAGAGCUGAGUGUCAUGGUCUUUCGAGUCGAUAUGCUUCACUUGCUGUCAAACAUGGUCAGGGGCCCAGACGCGCUGGCAAAGUCCUCAAAAAUGUUUAAGGACUGGGAAGAGCUGAACAAACAGCUAUUUCGUAAAUGUUUCAAGAAGAUUCGCGAACGUCCCGAGCUGAUUAUCGAAAUGCUCUUCAGCAAGGACCAGGCAGCUGCUCACUUCCUCGAGUACGGCUUUGCUCAGCAGACUUCUGCAGCGCGCGGCAAACCUCGACCAGCUGCCGAGCUCGUGUUCAAGCAUACUACUGAGCACGACCAACAAGUUGGCAUCGCUGUUGGCGCUUUACUCGAUAAGAAUGAAUCAGAUCAUAUUCAGUGGCUCAAGAAUGUCAUCUCAACUGCAGGAACUGAGCGCCGCUCUUGGAACAAUGCGAAUGAUGAGCUUUUGGCAAUAGAAACUCUCUCUGAUGCUGAAAUGCCCGAGACGCAACAGGAACCGAAGCCUCCACCCAUAAUUACAGUUCGACCCGACAGCCCCGAGAGGCGAACAGCCAUGUUCAAGAACCCGUACCUGCGUCUCUUGAUGGAUCUCACUGGCAUAAGGCUUCUGGGCCCAGCAGCGGAAGAGACGGCAGAAUCGGUCUGGAUUAUCCCGGCUGAAAUUACCGCUAGCCAGCUCAAAGAUGCACUUCACUAUAUCAACCAAGCAGAAUUCAAUCCACCGACCUUUGAAGAUGGAACUUCUGCCGAGCAGCAACUGAAACGCAAGACAGCACCUCGUAAGAAGGCAGCCUUCGAUGACGAAGAGGCGGAUGACGGCGACGACCUUGACGACUUCUUGGACAAUGACAUCAUGUUCCCUGCAGGCGGCCCUACGGCGCGAAAUGCAAUUGAUGAAUCCAAAAAGCCCAAGAAAUCUCGGAAGAAGCGAAGCGUAGUCCAGGAAAUUGAUGACCAGGAGCGUGAAGACCGUGCUCGGAAGCGACGCGACAAAGAGAGAGAAAAGGCCCGCAAGAUCAAAUCUGCCCUCUACGUCAAAGACGGAGACGAUGAGUUUGAUUCUGACGAGGACGAAGAAUUCUUUGCUCGUGAGCGCGCCAUCAAGGCUCGAGCAGAGCAGGCAGCCAAGUCUGCCGUGCAUGGCCUCGCCAACGACGACAGAAACGUCCUUGCGCGCCCCGCCGCAAAGCGCAAGUCAGAGGCGCUGCUGGACGACAGCACCGAUGGCGAAGAUGACGUCGACGAUGCCGGCUCCACGCAGCGAAUUCUGAGCAGCCACUCUGUGGCGGACGCCAGCGAGACUGACGAUACCGAGGUGGGUGGCAGCGGCGCGGAGAGGCCAAAGCGACCAAGGCUGAGUCCGGACACGGACGACGAAGAAGACGCGGCCAUGGAUGACGCCGAGCCCGAAGAUGACUCGACGUCGAAACCUGCAGCUGGGCCGGACGAGGACGGCGAUGAUGUUGUCGCAGCACCGACGUCUACGGCGCGCAAGUCACGCGUCAGAGGCGGCUUUGUCAUUGACAGCGACGACGACGAGUAA